AUGUAUAUGGAAGAAGAACAAUCAGAUUCUUCUCAAUCAAUUACGUUGGGCAACUUUUCAUUUUCGGAAAAUGAAUAUAAUAAAUUUAUGCAGUUGACACAGGAAAUCGACGAAUCAUUUGCAAAGGAAAAAGCCAGAAAAUUGAGAGAAAAAGAACGAAGACAACAGAAGAAAAAAGAAAAACUACUACAGAAACAAAAAAUUCACGAGACAAUAUCGACAGACGAAACAAGUUUGAGCCAACAAUUGGAUAUUUACGAUGCAUCUGAUUUGGUAAAGAGAAAUUUAGCAUCUCAGGCUAGCGUCUCCUUGGAGAAUCCCCGUAGAUCAGCCUCAAAAGAUGAUUCGAAACAGGAACUUCAUCAUCCGAAACUCAGCAUUCCAAUCUCAACUGUCGAAGUGAUGCAACAUUUUCGGAAACUGUCGCAAGAAGUGGACGAAUUUAUUGCAAAGGAAAAAACAAAAAACGCGCAGAGAAACUUGAGAGACAAAGAACGCAGAGAACAGAAGAAAAAAGAGAAACAAUUACAGAAAACGAAAGAGAUAUCAUCGAUAACAGCAUCGAGUUCUAUUGAUCAAUUAGGUGUUUACGAUGCAUCUGGUACUGCAACGGGAAAUUUGGCAUCCCAGCGAUGCCCGAGUACGUCGAAGAAUUCCUGCAAAACCCCAACGAAUAAAGCUUCGAAAAAUAAGCAAAGCAAAUCUAACGAAAUGGAGCAACAUUUACAGAAACUCUCACAGGAAAUCAACGAUUACUUUUCACAGAAAAAAGCGCGAUUAUUGAACGAAGAAAAUGAAUUGCCGAAAGGAAGAAAACGACGUUUAACAUCUGAAACGAAUUUGGACGAGAAAUUGGAAAUGUACGAAAUAUCCGGCAGGAUAAUGAAAAAAUUGGUGUCUGAAGAGAGCACGAUCUCGCAGAAGAAGGCUUAUAAUACAAGGAGCCAUUCAAGAAAUAAAGAAAACGCCUCCAACAGAAUACGGCAAAUAUGCCGGGAAGUCUCGGAAAAUAUCGAGCAAUUUAUUUCCCAAGAAUCGAUAGAGAAUAUAAAAUUAAAGAAGGCAAAUAUAAAAACAAGAUCGACAACUAAGAAAAUUCGGGAGCAGGAAAACGUAAAGGAACGAUUCAUAAAUUACAUAACGCCGAAAUUGUACGAAAAAAUGUGUCGCAUACACGAAGAUAGAAACGUGGGUUUGUACGUAAUAUGCGACAUUUGCGACAAAUCCAGAUACUUGCCAGAUGUCGUGGACCCCUUAGACAUACCUGAUAUGUGGUAUUGCUUCAUGAAUCCCGAUGAAAACUUCAACAAUUGCGCUCGUGACGAGGUCAUCGACGAAGACGAGGACUAUUUGAUCCAAAAUUCGUACAAUGCAGGAAGCAUUGUAAUCGCUAAACAUUACAAAUUGCCUUGGUGGCCGGGAAUGGUCGAAGACGACCCCGACAUCGAAGACUACUACAGAUUGAAAGACACAAUGGUGCCCACUCACUAUCACGUGACGUUUUUCGAUUCCGGAAAAUCAUCAAGAGCUUGGGUAAAAGCUGCUAAUAUCAAACCAUUCAAAGCGAAUAUGGGCAACCCGAUAUAUCAACCGCCUGCAAAUGGUAGGGACAGCGUUCAUUUGAAGGGAGCUUUCGAAAAAGCCCGACAAGCUAUUUCGAUGCCGUUGUUGCAGAGACUUCGAAAGUACAGCAUCAUUCACAGUUUGCUUAUUAGAGAAGCUUCAACGUCAAAGAAAUCGAAAAAAACAGUUGCAAUCAAAAAAGCUGGAAGAAAGUAA